AGAUGCUCAGAUGUGGACACAAGAGAUUCAGUGCAGAGGAGAUGAGUCUCAGAUUCACCUCUGUCCAACAUCACUAUUUCAUGAAAACAGCUGUUUACAUAACAACAAUGUAGAACUGGUGUGUGCUGGUAAGAGCUGAACUGAAAGAGAGAAAAGAUAUACUGUAUAUGAACCCAUCAAAAAAACAACAAAAUUGGUCUAUUAUAUUAAAUAUGAUAAAUGCUGUUCUCUGUCUUUCUAUUACACUCUCUUAGAUGUAAUGAAUGUGAGGCUGGUUGGUGGUAACAGUCCUUGUGCUGGUAGAGUGGAGGUUCAUCAUAGAGGUCAGUGGGGAACAGUGUGUGAUGAUGACUGGGAUAUGGCUGAUGCUGCAGUGGUGUGUAGAGAGCUGGACUGUGGAGAACCUGUAGAUGCUCUGGGUGAUGCUCAGUUUGGACCAGGAUCAGGAACAAUCUGGAUGAGUGUUUUAUUUUGUUUUGGAAUGGAGUCUACACUGAAGAACUGUGGAUCAGCAGGAUGGGGUAAACCUACCUGUGAUCAUAAUGAUGAUGCUGGAGUCAUCUGCUCAGAUCAUAAACAUUCCAGACUUACCAAUGGACCUCACUUGUGCGCUGGGAGGUUAGAGAUACUUCAAAUAAACACGUGGGUUUCAGUGUGUGCUGCUGCCUUUGACCAGCAGGAUGCAGAGGUUGUGUGUAGAGAGCUGGACUGUGGGGCUCCUGUACAGGUGCUGGGAGAAGAUGCUUUUGGCAAAGGAGACGCUCAGAUGUGGACACAAGAGAUUCAGUGCAGAGGAAAUGAAUCUUAUAUAUCUUUCUGUCCAACAUCAUCUUCUCUCAAACAAGACUGUACCCAUGAGAAUGGUAUUGGACUGUUAUGUUCUGGUUACACUGACCUCAGAUUGGUCAAUGGUCCUGACAUCUGUUCUGGUCGAGUUGAACGUCAGUACUUCAGUAAAUGGGGCACAGUGUGUGAUGCAUGCUGGGAUAUGAGAGCUGCCAGUGUCCUCUGUAGACAGCUGAAUUGUGGGAUUGCUGUGUCUGUUGUGGGAUCAGACUGGUUUGGAGAGGGAAGUGGUGAAAUCUGGGCUGAUGUGUUUGAUUGUGACGGGAAUGAAACAAAACUCUCAGAAUGUUCCAUCUCUUCAUGGAGUCGAGCUGAAUGUUCUCAUAGACGAGAUGUUGGAGUCAUCUGCUCCAGUGAGGGGAUUUUAUUGAAAAAAAAAAAAAAAAAGUUAUAAAUUGCCUAUAUAAAUGACCUUGCAAUAUCUUAAUUAAGUGUCACAUCUUUCACUCAGAUUCCUCUCUAGCUGUUCAUGAUGGUCUGGUGCGGUUGUGUGGAGAGAGACAGUGUGAGGGGGAGGUGGAAGUUUCCAUCCAUCAGGUCUGGAGGAGAGUUCUGCUGGACUCCUGGAGUCUUACUGAAUCCUCUGUGGUCUGCAGACAGCUGGGCUGUGGCUCUGUGCUGAACUUCUCCGGCUCCUCUUCAUCCAGUUCUGAACACAGUCAUGAGUGUGUGACGGGCUUCCAGUGCUCUGGGAGUGAAGCUCAUCUGGGGAACUGCAGCUCUCCACAAACUCUCAACUGCAGCUCCACACAACAGCUGUCAAUCACCUGCCUUGGUGAGAAGAGCAACAUCUGGGCAGAUUCUU